AUGUCCCGCACCGUCUCCGACACCGCGUCGGCAAAGGUCGGGAUCGACGUGUCGGCCGAUGCGGUUCUCGAGGUCGCCGCGCGCCUGCGCGUCGAGGCGCUCAAAAAAAUCGGCGCCCCGACGCUGGAGGCGCUGCGCGCCGCCGACCGCUGCCUCGAGCGGAUCGCCGCUGUCGGACUGAGGAGGCCGCUGCUGAUCGAGACGAGCAGUCUGGGCGAUCGCGACAACGAGGUGAGGCUGACAGCAGAGGAGAUCCUCUUCCAGCAGGCCGACAUCGCGCAGCGGAGCGCCGACGCGUGCAUCACCCAGUCCAACUCUGCGCCCGCCGAGAUGCGCCAGCGGGACCGCGAGGCC